AUGACCAGAGGCAAAGGUGGAGAGGUUGUGCGACAGGGAGCGACCGUCCGCGAUGGGCAGACCCGAGACGACGACGACGCUGCGUUGACUAGUGCUGCGACUGCCGCCCCCACGCCAGCAGUCCUCCUCGUCGAGCGUCCCGCGGGAGCCGGUGACGACGACGACGACGACGAUCCUCUACUCUGGGAGCUGAGGGCACUCCUCGCCAACCCCCCCCGGCGCCUCUACCGACCGGUCAGGGCGGCGCUGCUCGCCGACGGGCACGCCCUCGCCGCCGCGCUGCUCGUCGCCGCCGCGCUCGCCAACCACGUCCGGCGCGUGCUGGCGCCCUGGCUGGGCCAGUCGCCACCCCCUGCAGGCGAUGCGGCUGGUCGCCGGCGCGCCGCACUGACGGCGGCGCUGGCGACGACCAGGGCGCUUCUCCGGGAUCGCGUGCUGGCCGAUGCUGCUGCCCGAGGAGGAGGAGGAGGAGCGAGCAAGGGGGAUGAUGCCGGAGGUGGUGGCGGCACAGGGCCAAGGGCAAGCCGGACGACGACGUGCCUGGCCGAUGCUUGCCGCAUCGCCUACCUCACCCUGUGCCUCAUGCGCGUCGAGUACGCGUACGCAGAGGCCUGCUGGGCCGCGUCCUGGAUCUACGCCGGCGCGCACAUCCUACUCCGAGGCACCCCGGCGGAGCGACAGUUUACGCACCGGCUGCUGUUCCUCCCCGGCAGCAGCGAUGUAACCUCCUCCCUCGCGCACUGGUGCGGCCUGGCCCUAAUUGCAGACCUGCUGCUCUGGUGGUCGUGGCGCGUCCUCGUACUCCCUGCCCGUCGCCACCCAGGCGGCCUCGUCGGUGUGGCCCUGUCUGGGCUUCCCGUUGCGGUCGGGCUCAUCGGCGCGGCCACCGCGCACGUCGUACGGUACGCCAACAAGUACUUCAUCUGGCUGGAGAUGAGCGAGAUGCUGCUAACGUGGGCGUGGCUGGCGCUGGGAUUGGCGCUGGUGGUGGUGUGGAGGUGCUGUUGA